ACCGCAACCGAUCUAAAUAUUGAAGUGAAAAAACCACACACUCUACUGUCAACCGCCCCUCCUCCCUUCUCCGGCUUGAACUCUCGGUACCCUUUGCUUUCUUCCCGGCGAAAACAACAAUGGAGCCAGAUGUCAGCAUCGAAACCAGUUCCAUGAUCCGGAUCGCCGUCCUCCCUGUCGGAGAAAUCCACCUGCACCUCUUCCGCAAAUACGCCGGGAUGCUCGGCCGCCACCACAAGAUCGAACUCUCAACUAUCACUGAUUUCUACAAAGCUGACCAAAAAUCUCCAUUCUCUCAACAGCCAUGGGAAUCCGGUAGUCUAAGGUUCAAGUUCAUUGUAGGCGGAUCGCCGCCGAGUCCAUGGGAGGAUUUCCAAUCAAACCGCAAAAUUCACGGCGUUAUCGGAAUCUGUCAUUGUCCGUCUUCUCCUGAUCUAGGCAGUGUUGCUGAGCAAUUCGCUAUGGCUUGUAAAGGAUACUCAUCUUCAGUUGUGCAAAGGUGUUUCGUUUUUUCCCCUGGAGAUACACAGCUAGCAGACAGGAAUAACAACAAAAAUAAAUUGGUUUUGUUUCCUCCUGCUGACCAGAGGACUCAAGAAAUUCACCUGCAAACAAUGAUGCAAGAGAUUGCUGCUUCACUUCUAAUGGAGUUUGAAAAAUGGGUUCUCAGACCAGAAUCUGGUGGAAUAAUUCUGAAGACACCUUUAGAUUCUCAAGCCAGUCUCAGCUCAGAGGAGGUGAUCAAAGCAAAAAAGAGGAGACUUGGAAGAGCACAGAAAACAAUUGGAGAUUAUUGUUUACUAGCUGGAUCACCUGUUGAUGCCAAUGCUCAUUAUUCUACAGCUUUAGAACUUGCCAGACUUACUGGGGAUUACUUUUGGUAUGCUGGUGCAAUGGAAGGUGGUGUUUGUGCUUUGCUGAUGGAUAAAGCAGUUCAUAGGGAUCCAGUUAUAGAGGAGGAGGUCAAGUAUCGUUACAACAGUGUCAUUGUGCAUUACAGGAAGUCAUUUAUACAAGACAAUGCUCAAAGGGUUUCACCCCUCAGUUUUGAACUGGAAGCUACUUUGAAAUUGGCAAGAUUUCUAUGCAGACGUGAGCUGGCUAAGGAGGUGGUUGACCUUUUGACUGCUGCAGCAGAUGGAGCAAAAUCUUUGAUAGAUGCAAGUGAUAGACUGAUAUUAUACAUUGAAAUAGCUCGUUUAUAUGGAACUCUUGGUUACCAUAGAAAAGCUGCCUUUUUCUCCAGACAAGUGGCUCAGUUAUAUUUACAACAAGAAAACAGUUUAGCUGCUAUUAGUGCCAUGCAAGUGUUAGCACUUACUACAAAAGCAUAUCGUGUUCAAAGUCGCGCAUCCAUUCCCAAAGAUACCGGGUCAUGUAUUGGUGAUAAUGGGAAGAUGAAUCAUGAAUUGGUUGUAUCUUUAUUUGAGUCACAAUGGAGCACUCUACAGAUGGUUGUUUUAAAAGAGAUACUUCUCUCGGCUGUUCGUGCUGGAGAUCCUCUUGCUGCAUGGAGUGCAGCAGCACGUUUAUUAAGAUCUUAUUAUCCUUUAAUUACACCUUCAGGCCAAAAUGGUCUUGCAACUGCACUUAAUAAUUCUGCUGAAAGGCUUCCUUCUGGAACUCAUUGUCCUGAUCCUGCCUUACCUUUUGUAAGGUUGCAUUCGUUUCCUCUACACCCAUCACAAAUGGACAUAAUAAAACGAACACCGGGUCGACCCGAUUGGUGGGCUGGAUCCGCUCCAUCUGGACCCUUCAUCUACACACCUUUCACCAAAGGCGAUCAAACCACCACCACAAAACAAGACCUCGUUUGGGUCGUGGGUGAACCCGUUCAAGUUCUGGUCGAAUUAGCCAACCCAUGCGGGUUUGACCUUUUAGUCAACUCCAUAUACCUAUCAGUCCACUCCGGAAACUUCGAUUCCUUUCCAAUCACCGUCACCCUCCCUCCCAAUUCCUCCAAAGUCAUCACCCUCUCCGGAAUCCCAACCAAAACCGGGCCUGUUUCCAUUCCGGGAUGCAUCGUUCACUGUUUCGGUGUCGUCACCGAACAUUUCUUCAAAGACGUCGACAAUUUACUCCUCGGAGCUCAACAAGGUCUCGUGAUUUCCGACCCGUUUAGGUGUUGCGGGUCCGGGAACGGGAAGGUGAAAAACACGAAUGUACCAAGUAUUACGGUUGUGCCAUCGCUUCCGUUGCUGGUGUCGCGGACUGUCGGCGGCGAUGGGGCGGUGAUUUUGUACGAAGGCGAGAUCCGCGAGGUUUGGAUUAGCAUUGCGAAUGCGGGAACAGUUGCGGUUGAACAAGCACAUGUUUCGUUAUCAGGGAAGAAUCAGGAAUCGGUGAUUUCGAUUGGGUCGGAGGCGUUGGAAUCAGCACUUCCGUUGAAGCCAGGGGCGGAAGUGACGAUUCCGGUUACUUUAAAAGCUUGGCAACUUGGGUUGGCGGAUCUUGAUGGGUCUAGGCCCAUGAAAGAUUCAAGUAGCCCGAUGUUGUUGAUCCAUUAUGCAGGUCCCACAGAGAACCACCAAGAGCCGCCAGCAACCACCGGUCUCCUGCCACCGGGUCGCCGCCUUGUGACACCUUUAAACAUCUGUGUCUUACAAGGGUUAUCUUUUGUAAAAGCUCGCUUACUCUCAAUGGAAAUUCCUGCUCAUGUGGGACAAAUUUCUGAUAAUUCCACACACACAGAUCGGCUAGUCAAAAUCGACCCCUACAGAGGCAGCUGGGGCCUACGUUUUCUCGAACUCGAGUUAUCAAACCCAACCGAUGUUGUUUUCGAGGUCGGUGUCUCGGUCAACCUCGAAAACGUUGACCAAAAUUCAUCCGAAUUCGAUUACCCAAAAACAAGAAUCGAUCGAGACUACACUGCGAGAGUAUUAAUCCCAUUGGAGCAUUUUAAGCUACCGAUUCUUGAUGGUUCCUUUUUAGUAACGAAUUCAAAGUCAAACAAGAAAGCGGAAGUCAACGCGUCCAUAAAGGAUUUGAUUUCGAAAAUUAAGGUUAGGUGGGUUUCCGGAAGGAAUAGUUCCGGAGAGUUGCAUAUUAAAGAUGCUACUCAGGCUGCCCUUCAGACAUCGGUCAUGGAUGUUUUGCUGCCCGAUCCUUUGACUUUUAGUUUCCGGCACGUUGACCAAGUUGACCAAGGUCAAGGUCGUGUACUGGCACAUGAGAUGACACCUAUGGAAGUUAUGGUGAGGAAUAAUACCAAGGAUUUGAUCAGUAUGAGUCUUAGUAUUACGUGUAGAGAUGUUGCUGGUGAAAACUGCAUUGAAGGGACUAAUUCUGCUGUACUUUGGUCUGGUGCUUUGAGUGGGAUGAAGGUGGAUGUUCCUCCACUUGAAGAAAUUAAACAUGCGUUCAGUUUGUAUUUUCUUGUCCCGGGUGAGUACACACUAUUGGCUGCUGCAGUCAUUGACGAUCCCAAUGAAAUUCUAAGGGCUCGGGCUCGAUCCUCUUCUCCUGAUGAACCCAUCUUUUGUCGGGGCCCACCUUAUCAUGUUCGCGUAAAUGGUAAUGAGGGACUAUUCUUGACAACUGUGAAGACUGCUUUGUAA